GGCGGUGACUAAGCGGUCCGAGCAGAAAACGGGAGGAAUAUGGUGUACUCAAGACUGCUUUGAGUGCCUUGCUUUUGUAUUUCUGUUUUCAAUACACAAUAUCGUCGUCUUUGGAAAAAAAACCCCAAGUAAUUUCACGUUUUGAAUAGCGUUUUAAAGCCGUCGGGCAGGAAAAUAUGGGGAAUUGCCACACGGUUGGACCAAACGAAGCCUUGGUGGUAUCAGGUGGCUGCUGUGGCUCUGAUGAGAAGAGCUAUACAGUGGGCGGUUGGGCCUGGGCAUGGUGGCUUAUCACAGACAUACAGAAACUCUCUCUGGAGAUAAUGACCAUCCUCUGUCGCUGUGAGAAUAUCGAAACAUCGGAGGGUGUCCCCUUGGAUGUGACAGGGGUCGCUCAGGUGAAGGUCAUGACUGACAAUGAGCUGCUGGGUUAUGCCUGUGAACAGUUCCUGGGCAAGACAGUGGCAGAGAUAAAAAGUGUCAUUCUGCAGACUCUGGAAGGUCACCUGCGCUCUAUUCUUGGGACUUUGACGGUGGAGCAGAUCUACCAGGAUAGGGAUCAGUUUGCCAAGCUGGUGAGGGAGGUAGCGGCACCUGAUGUGGGCAGGAUGGGCAUUGAGAUCCUAAGCUUUACUAUCAAGGAUGUGUACGAUAAGGUGGACUACUUGAGCUCCUUGGGGAAAUCCCAGACUGCUGCUGUUCAGAGAGACGCUGACAUUGGUGUGGCUGAAGCAGAGAGAGAUGCUGGAAUCAGGGAAGCAGAAUGUAAGAAGGAGAUGAUGGAUGUAAAAUUCCAAGCCGAUACAAGAAUGGCAGACUCAAAGAGAGAACUGGAGAUGCAGAAGGCGGCCUUCAAUCAAGAAGUCAACACAAAGAAAGCUGAGGCGCAGUUGGCCUAUGAGCUUCAGGCAGCCAAGGAGCAGCAGAAGAUCAGACUGGAGGAGAUUGAGAUCGAGGUGGUUCAGAGGAAGAAGCAGAUCUCCAUUGAGGAGAAAGAGAUCCUCAGGACAGAUAAAGAGCUGAUCGCCACCGUGAGGAGACCAGCUGAGGCUGAAGCCUACAAGAUGCAGCAGCUCGCAGAGGCAAAGAAGAUAAAGAAGGUGUUGACGGCACAGGCUGAAGCAGAGAAGAUCAAGCGUAUUGGAGAAGCAGAGGCCGGCUCCAUUGAGGCUGUGGGUAAAGCCGAAGCAGAGAAGAUGAGGCUCAAAGCUGAGGCCUAUCAGCAGUACGGGGAGGCUGCAAAGACUGCCCUCGUCCUGGAGGCCCUGCCAAAGAUUGCUGAGCAGGUGGCGGCCCCCUUGAGUCGUACCAACGAGAUUGUGAUCCUGAGCGGCGACGGUGGCCGUGUUACCGGGGAAGUGAAUCGUCUGUUGGCUGAACUACCUGUUUCUGUAAACGCCCUCACAGGGGUGGAUCUGUCCAAGAUCCCUUUGCUUCAGAAAAUGACCAAUCCUCAAGCUUGAACACACUCCUUCCACUCCGCUGCCUUUCUGACACUCCCACAUUGAUUGCCUUGAAAAGAAAUAAGAAACUCGAGCUGUAUUGUUUUUACAGAAAUGAGGAAUUGAUUUAUUGGAUUUUUUUUUAGACCCCUGGUGCCUUACCUCUGCAGGACCAGAAUCUCUGCAUGUGCUCUUGUUUUUGUCACUUAUAUCCUUUUUUUUUUUUUUUUUUUUUUUUUUUUUUUUUUUUUGUUGAAACAACAUACCUCAAUUAUAGUUAUUUUGUUAAUCGCAGAACUGUUUCAUAAAAUUCACCAGUAGGCAGCUUCAGGUGUGUGUGUCUGUGUGUAUGUAGUGAUUUAAAAGAUAAAGUAGUAUUUCCAUUUUAAUGGGUAGCUAAGGUUGUAUUCGGUUAUGUUUAUGCAAUGUAUGAAGUUAUAUAGAAGUAUAGCGUAGUAGAGCCAUUAGAUGUGUUACAGCAUGUUUAUUGGGUUGAUCAACUGGGCGUUCGAAAUCAUUCAUCAUUUUGAAGACAUUGCUCUUCAGGUCAAAUAGAGAACUGACUUUUAGUUUAUCUAACCAAUACAUUCAAACAAGAGUUUUGUUUGUAAACAUCUUUUUUUAAUGUUCAAACAGUAAACACUUUUGUUAAAAGUGGGAUGAAAACAAUGAAUUUUUUUGUAAACUUUUGCUUUUAGGGGUUGUAGGUCACAUCACACUGUUACUGUAUUCGUUCAAUUUAAAGCUACACCAUGUGAUUCAUAAUCAUAUCUGUAUGUAUAUUCUUUGAGAAUGUUAUAGUAAGUAGUGGUCCAAAUAAUUUUUUUACACCAAGCAAAAGCCAAAACACCCUGAAUUUAGCAGGAUUUUUAAAAUGAUCUUUAUUUUUUCAUUGCAGAAAACCUCUGAUAAUUUACCUCACCCAAUGUUUAUGCAGACGAUAAAGCUUUGGCUCUCUUCCAUUAGCUGCAAGUAAGAUUUUAGGACUGCAGCCAGAACCCAGUGCACUCUUAUCUACUGUUAAAUCGACAAAUUUGAUACUGUGCAUUAAGUUGAACAAUCUACCAUGUUCGUCGUUUCCUUGAAGAUGCUCUGUGCCGAGUUUAUCCCAUAUUAAAGAACUUCAGUUAUUUUUAAUUCAGUUAUGCAACUUGAUUUCUCUUCUUCCUCUUUAUGGUUUAACCGUAAUGUCAUGUGUAUUCUUUAUUCCUAAAGUCCUAAUUAUCGUCAUCCAGAUAAUGUGAGAGCUGUCAGGUUAUAUGUGAAUUUUAACUCCGCCUCAACUACUUUUUCCCCAUCGAACGUGACUAUAUUUUAGUUUUUUGUUGUCUUCAGCUUGUUAUGAAAAUACAAAUCAAUUUGCCAAAUGUCAGUAGGUCAAAAAGUAUAUCUGCAUUUAUUUUACAUUGCUGCUACAUCAUAAAUAAUUGGGUCUUUUGUUCAUUGGUAAUCAGAUGCCAAAUAUGUUUUUUGUUGUUUGUUUGUUUUUUACAGUACACUAUGGCAAAAGUAUUUGUGAAAGGAUAUUCUAUUUUCAUUCUUCAAAAUGACGUGCGUUUUUUUUUUCAGCUGGGAAAAAGGGAACUGUGCUUUUAAAAUGUAGCCAUCGUUUAUAAGAUGUUGCACACAUCAAAUCAACUUCAGGCUUUGAAAACUUUUCUAUGCUUAAUCUGAACUAACAAAAGCUGUUUCUGAGCGGAAUGUGUUUGUUCUAGAGUUCUGUGAUGUUUCCAUCACUAACAAUCACAUACUGAGAAUGUGUUAUAUAGCAGAGCAUAUAGUUAAUGCCUAUAACUUGUAGAAUGAAUAUACAAUAUAUGUAACGAAUAAGAAAUGUUUCUGAUCACAGUCAAUAAAUUUGUCUUGAUUUA